UAAAUUCCUGAAAAGUUAGUUUUACCAGUAAGAGAGGUAGUGGAUAAUCUGAAGAGCAUGAGACAAAUUGGUCAAUCCCAGUUAGUGAAUACAGGGUGUCUGUGAAUCAGUAGACUUUUAACCUUCCAUUUUGAUAUGGGUAGGUAAGGUGAAGCUGAAGCUGAAGGGGAGUUGUGGUGGUGGUUUUGGUUUCCAACACAUCCACAACACAAUAUAAAACCAAACCAAACCAAACUAAACCAAUAACCAAAACUAAAAACAGACCAAACAAAAACCCAACAACUCAGAAUCAUUAAAGGUUUGAUCCAUAUCUCAUCUUCACUUUCAUGGGCAUUGCCUGAUCUUCUGAUUCAUCCAUUUCUAGAGCUUUUCCACUUUCUUUUUGGAGAUUUUUUUUAAGAUUCUAGGGAUGGAAGAGGACACGAAGCCUGAUAGUCAUUUGACAUCAGCUGCAGCCUUUGUAGAAGGUGGGAUACAAGAUGCCUGUGAUGAUGCUUGUAGCAUAUGCCUUGAGGAUUUUUCGGAAAGUGACCCUUCAACGCUGACUACUUGUAAGCAUGAGUUUCACCUCCAAUGCAUUCUAGAAUGGUGCCAGAGAAGCUCUCAAUGUCCAAUGUGUUGGCAGGCCAUUAGCCUGAAGGAUCCUAGCAGCCAAGAAUUGCUUGAAGCGGUAGAACGUGAAAGGAACUAUAGGGUUGCUCCGCAAAGAAAUACCACUAUAUUUCACCAUCCUGCCCUUGGCAAUUUUGAAUUGCAACAUUUGCCUGUAGGUGCAAAUGAUGCUGAUCUUGAAGAGCGUAUAAUUCAGCAAUUGACUGCCGCUGCUGCAAUGGGAAGGGCCCAUCAUCUUGGUAGGCGGGAAGGUCAUAGGGGUCGGUCAUCUGCUCAUGGUCGACCACACUUCUUUGUAUUUUCCACACAUCCUGAUGCGCAGCCUUCUGGUCCUGUCUCUCCCUCAUUGACUCAGGCCAGCAGAGGAACCGAGCCAGCUGUAAUCGCUGCAGCUAGUCCGUCCACACCACUUCCAACUCAUGGUGAUGACUCAUCACAGCACAUUCUGCAUCCCACACUUACUGGUCAACAUUCUUCCUCUUCUGGAUCUACUUUAUUGCCAACAAAUAGGCAUAGUGUUUCCUGUAAUAAUCGAAGCAGUUCAAGUCUUUCCUCACCACAAAGUCAAGAUAGUGCAGGACCAUCUGAUUUUCAGAUAUUUUCAGAGUCACUUAAAUCUAGAUUUAAUGCAGUGGCUAUGAGAUACAAAGAAUCAAUAUCCAGAAGUACAAGAGGGUGGAAAGAGAGAUUAUUCUCCCGCAACAAUUCUGGGUCUGCUCUUGGUUCUGAAGUCCGGACUGAAAAUGCUGGAAUUGCUAGUGCAUCUCGUAUGUCAGAUCAUUUUGUUUCUAGAGAAAAUAAUAGAGCUAGUCAAGCAUCUGUAUCAAAUCAUUCGGAUGAUUGUGUAGUUACGGAGCCAAACAACCAGAAUUACGUGGAGACUCAUGGAGAAAGCCCUUUGAAUAACAGCAAUGCACCCGCUCCUUGUGCUGCAAAUUCACUUUCACAGUAAUGUCAAACAUUGUUUCAGCAAAGCAUCUGUCCUCAGCUUUUCAUCUUUGAAGGUUGUAAACCCAUUUCUUCAGAGAUGACAUUCUGAGGAGGAAGAUGCUUUGCUAAUCAGGCCAGAGAAAGAGCUUUUAAGCAUGGUGUCUGGUGAUUAAUAAAAAGAGAGGAAGGUUAAGAAAAAGGGCUGCUUCAUUCUUGGACAAACAUUAUAAAAAUGGGCAUUAUGUAAUAUAAAUUUAUUAAAUGUAUAAUUUAUAACCCCAAAAUUUGUGCAGAAAUAUAUGUAAUGUAUGAUAUAUAACCCCAAAAUCUGGAGGCUUAAGACUUGGCACAAACCUGAUAAUGUUAAAAAAAUGAAAUUGCUUUAGAGAGAAUUGUUUUAA